UGAUGUAGGAGCAGAGCAGGCGCGGGUGACGUCGGCGGCGAGGAUGGUGCUGCUGUGUCGGGGACCAGAAACGCCUGGGCGACAUGGCGGCAGGCGAGUGGAGGGCCGAGGCCGAGUCACUGGAUCCAGGCCCGCACGUUUUCUGUGGUGCCCAUGAUGAAGUGGGCUGUGGGCGCGAGCGCAUCCACCGGGCCAGCAGCGAGUAGGCCCAGCCGGAAAAAAAAACUGCCGACAAAAAAAAGCAGGGGCAUUCCGAGAAUUGAACGCGGGACCUCUCGACCCUAAGCGAGAAUCAUACCACUAGACCAAAUGCCCUUUAUUGCAUUGGGAUCGAUAUUUUCUGUUACAAACUUAAGUUGAAGUUCAUGAUAAACUAACUGUCCCCAAACAAAAUACUGGAUAGUUUUCCUUCAAAAAAAAACAAAAUACUGGAUAGACCGUGUACAAAAUUGUAUAAAGUAUCAGACAGGAACUGGCCACACCAUUGGCUUGUACUCCAAUUCCAAUUGGUCAUUUUCACAAGGGGGAGUGUGGCGUGGUGACAUGUCGCAUGUUUGGAGCAUGGCUCGGCGAACAACAUGCAGCGAUGUCCGGUCACUCGGUUUGCGCUGCUCCGAUCCUCGGUUUACUAUUCCUGAUCUCCUUCCACGCAUGGCGGCAUGCCGGCAUGGGCAUGGCCGGCUCCCCGUCCUCUCCUUAAACCCAUCGGCGAGGUCACUAGCCCCGAUUUGCUUCCUGCUCCUCAACCUGUCUUCAGCGCGUCGACCGGAGCGACGAUGGCGAAGAUCCUGCUCCAUGGCUCGCUUCAUGUCACCAUCUUCGAGGCCGAGGAGAUCUCCAACUCCAGCCGACCCAGCAGCCAGGCGCCCGGCUUCCUCCGCAAGGGAAUUGAACUACUCGAUCAUCAGCUGGUGGAGGGGAUCGAGGACACGGUGGGCGUGGGCAAGGGCACCAGCAAGAUCUACGCCACCAUCGGCCUGGACAAGGCCCGCGUGGGGCGCACCCGCACGCUCACCGACGAGACGGCCAGCCCGCGCUGGUACGAGUCCUUCCACGUCUACUGCGCGCACCUCGCCUCCGACGUCGUCUUCACCAUCCGGGCCAAGAACCCCAUCGGAGCCUCCACCGUCGGCGUCGGCUACCUCCCCGUCCGCGACAUCUUCGGCGGCCAGGAGCUCGACCGCUGGCUGCCGCUCUGCGACGACGACGACAAGGACCGCAGGCCGCUCGAGGGCGGCGCCAGGGUCCACGUCAAGCUCCAGUACUUCGACAUCUCCAAGGACCACAGCUGGGGCCGCGGCGUCCGCAGCGGCAGGUACCCCGGCGUGCCCUACACCUUCUUCUCGCAGCGCCAGGGGUGCAGGGUCACGCUGUACCAGGACGCGCACGUCCCCGACGGCUUCGUCCCGAGGAUCCCGCUCGACGGCGGCCGGUGCUACGAGCCGCACCGCUGUUGGGAGGACAUCUUCGACGCCAUCAGCGGCGCCAGGCACCUCAUCUACAUCACCGGCUGGUCGGUCUACACCGAGAUCACGCUGGUCAGGGACGGCGGCCGGCCCAAGCCCGGCGGCGGCGUCACGCUCGGCGAGCUGCUCAAGAAAAAGGCCGGCGAGGGCGUCCGGGUGCUGAUGCUGGUCUGGGACGACCGCACCUCCGUCGGGGUGCUAAAAAAGGACGGCCUCAUGGCCACGCACGACGAGGAGACCAUGAACUACUUCCAGGGCACCGACGUGCACUGCGUGCUGUGCCCCCGGAACCCCGACGACUCCGGGAGCAUCGUGCAGGACCUGCAGAUCUCCACCAUGUUCACGCACCACCAGAAGAUCGUCGUCGUCGACCACGACAUGCCGGCGGGCCGGCGGAGUAAGCGGAGGAUCGUCAGCUUCGUGGGCGGGCUGGACCUCUGCGACGGCCGCUACGACACGCCGGUGCACUCGCUGUUCCGGACGCUGGACACGGCGCACCACGACGACUUCCACCAGCCCAACUUCGCGACGGCCGCCAUCGCCAAGGGCGGGCCCCGGGAGCCCUGGCACGACAUCCACUGCCGCCUCGAGGGCCCCGUGGCCUGGGACGUGCUCUACAACUUCGAGCAGCGGUGGCGCAAGCAGGGCGGCAAGGACCUCCUCAUCCAGCUCCGGGACCUCGCCGACGAGAUCAUCCCGCCGUCGCCCGUCACGUUCCCGGAGGACGGCGAGGCCUGGAGCGUGCAGCUGUUCCGGUCCAUCGACGGCGGCGCCGCCUUCGGGUUCCCCGACACCCCCGACGACGCCACCAGGGCCGGGCUCGUCAGCGGCAAGGACCAGAUCAUCGACCGGAGCAUCCAGGACGCCUACAUCCACGCCAUCCGCCGCGCCCGGAGCUUCAUCUACAUCGAGAACCAGUACUUCCUGGGCAGCUCCUACUGCUGGAGGCCCGACGGCAUCAGGCCCGAGGACAUCGGCGCGGCGCACCUCAUCCCCAAGGAGCUGUCCAUGAAGGUGGUGAGCAAGAUCGAGGCCGGCGAGCGCUUCGCCGUGUACGUCGUCAUGCCCAUGUGGCCGGAGGGCAUCCCGGAGAGCGGCUCCGUGCAGGCCAUCCUGGACUGGCAGAGGAGGACCAUGGAGAUGAUGUACACCGACAUCGCGCAGGCGAUCCAGGCCAAGGGGAUCGACGCCAACCCCAGGGACUACCUCACCUUCUUCUGCCUCGGCAACCGGGAGGCCAAGAGGCCCGGCGAGUACGUGCCCACGGAGGAGGCGGAGCCCGACACCGACUACAUCCGGGCCCAACAGAACAGGAGGUUCAUGAUCUACGUCCACACCAAGAUGAUGAUCGUGGAUGACGAGUACAUCAUCGUGGGGUCGGCCAACAUCAACCAGAGGUCCAUGGACGGCGCGCGGGACUCGGAGAUCGCCAUGGGCGCCUACCAGCCGCACCACCUGGCGGCGGCGAGCCGGCCGGCGAGGGGGCAGGUGCACGGCUUCCGGAUGUCUCUGUGGUACGAGCACCUGGGCGCGGUGGACGACGCCUUCACCCGGCCGGACAGCCUCGAGUGCGUGCGCAAGGUGAACGCCAUGGGCGACAGGUACUGGGACCUGUACGCCGGCGACGGGCCCGAGCGCGACCUGCCGGGGCACCUGCUCACGUACCCCGUCGGGGUCGCCGCCGACGGCGCCGUCACGCAGCUGCCGGGGACGGAGUUCUUCCCGGACACCCAGGCGCGGGUGCUCGGCGCCAAGUCCGACUACCUCCCGCCCAUCCUCACCACAUAAGCGCCUGCUCUGAUCUGCCCUGCUCAUCUAGUUAUAUAUCUUCUUCUUUUGUCUGGCUUUGCUCUGGAGAUCUUGCUGAUUAUUGUUUUUGUUGGAAUAAGAACGGCACUAGCUUUGGAUUUAUUUUAGAAAAUAAAUAAAAUAUGCACUGAUGCAGUGUAAAUGAUGGUGA